AUGUCUGUACACGCUACAACCAAUCCAAUUAACAAGCAUGUAGUUCUAAUUGAUAACUACGAUUCCUUCACCUGGAAUGUCUACGAGUACUUGUGCCAAGAGGGUGCAAAAGUCAGCGUCUACCGUAAUGAUGCAAUUACAGUUCCCGAAAUUGCUGCUCUAAGUCCCGACACAGUGCUUAUUUCGCCUGGGCCAGGCCACCCAAAGACCGAUUCUGGUAUUUCAAGGGACUGCAUCCGAUACUUUGCUGGGAAGAUUCCUGUAUUUGGGAUCUGUAUGGGCCAGCAGUGCAUGUUCGACGUCUUUGGUGGUGAGGUCGCCUAUGCUGGUGAGAUCGUCCAUGGUAAGACCUCCCCAAUUUCUCAUGACAACUGUGGAAUUUUUAAAAACGUACCUCAAGGUAUUGCUGUAACCAGAUACCACUCUUUGGCUGGUACCGAACAAUCCCUGCCAUCUUGUUUGAAGGUUACUGCAAGCACCGAAAAUGGUAUUAUCAUGGGUGUGAGACACAAGAAGUAUACCGUAGAAGGUGUACAGUUUCAUCCGGAAUCUAUCUUGACCGAAGAAGGCCAUCUCAUGAUCAGAAAUAUUCUAACCAUUAAUGGGGGAACCUGGGAGGAAAACGGAUCAUCUCCUUCCAACUCUAUUUUAGAUCGUAUCUACGCCCAACGUAAAAUAGACGUUAAUGAGCAAUCAAAAAUACCAGGUUUCACUUUUCAAGACUUGCAGUCAAACUAUGAUUUAGGUUUAGCUCCACCGGUACAGGAUUUCCAUGCUGUAUUGUCAUCAUCCCAAAUGAGAGCUGUCGUUCUUGCUGAAGUCAAGCGUGCUUCUCCAUCAAAGGGACCUAUUUGUUUAAAAGCCAUCGCUGCCCAACAGGCCUUGAAGUAUGCAGAGGCUGGGGCCUCUGCUGUUUCCGUAUUGACCGAACCCCAUUGGUUUCAUGGGUCACUACAGGAUUUAGUAAAUGUAAGAAGAAUUCUAGAUUUGAAAUUUCCCUCUAAUGAGAGACCUUGUGUUCUAAGAAAAGAAUUUAUCUUCAGCAAGUAUCAAAUUCUAGAAGCAAGAUUAGCGGGAGCUGACACCGUCCUUCUUAUAGUUAAGAUGAUAUCCCAACCCUUGUUAAAAGAGCUGUACGAGUACAGUAAAGAGUUAAACAUGGAGCCUCUUGUGGAGGUAAGCUCGAAAGAUGAAUUACAACGGGCUUUGGAUAUUGGUGCUAAAGUUAUAGGUGUCAAUAAUAGGGAUCUACACUCAUUCAACGUGGACUUGAAUACCACAAGUAACUUGAUAGAAUCUACUCCAAAGGAUGUUCUUUUAAUUGCUUUGUCGGGAAUUACCACAAAGGAAGAUGCUGAAAAAUACAAGAAAGAGGGUGUCCAUGGAUUUUUAGUGGGUGAAGCCCUAAUGAAAUCAACGAACGUGAAGAAGUUCAUUCACGAAUUAUGCGAGUGA